GAGGAAGUAUUAUUUAACAAAAAAUGUUUGGUGUACACUUUUUUGUACACACAUUUGACACCCCUCUUUUGUCUAGACAAACAAAGUUGUGUGUAUACACACAACUUCUGUAUUUCAAUAUAGAUUAUAUGUAUAUAAACAAUGCUGUCUGUCUAGACUCUAGACAGAUAAGAAGUGCCAAAAAUGUAUACACACCAACUAUUUUUUUUUAAAUUGCCAAUCAUUUCUCCUUUUCCUUUGCGUGGCCUCUUUUCUCCUAGGGGGCAUCAUGUGGUCCCACUGCCAUCUCUGAUUGCGCAAGUUUGGCUACCAUUCGUCCACUUUUUGGUGUGAUUUUACUUUUUGAGUUUGAUCACCUAACUUUGUAGGCUCCAACCCGACUUCAGUUCUGCCGAAUCAUUCUUCCCUGCAGUUCUUCAAUUCAUUCCUUAAAAACUUUAAAUUCAGUAAGAAACUAUUUAUUGCAUACAAUAUAUAUACCCGACCGAUAUAACGCUUCUGCACUAUUGGUGAUCGCGGAGCUAAAGGACAACCAAUAAUGGAGCGGCGUAGCCCAGUGGCGCCCCACCUUGAGCCGUGGCGGACCCUUAGCGAGAAGGUGGUGAUGGUCACUGGAGCGUCGUCGGGGUUGGGCCGUGAGAUCUGCCUCGACUUGGCCAAAUCCGGCUGCAGAAUCCUCGCCGCUGCUCGCCGGAUCGACCGGCUUGAAUCCCUCUGCGUUGAGAUAAACGGGAAUGGUUCCGGGGAUCCGAGCUUCGAUCCUUCGCCCCGGGCGGUGGCUGUCCAGCUUGACGUGAGCGCAAAUGGGCCCGCCAUCGAGGCCGCCGUGCAGAAGGCUUGGGAUGCGUUUGGCCGUAUCGAUGCCCUGGUUAACAACGCCGGCGUCAGAGGAAGAGUACACAGUCCAUUGGAUUUAACGGAAGAAGAGUGGGAUAGCAUCAUGAGACCAAACUUAGUGGGUACAUGGCUCGUGUCAAAAUAUGUUUGCUUGCAAAUGUGCAAUGCAAAGCAAGGAGGAUCUGUCAUUAAUAUUUCUUCAAUUGCUGGUCUUGAUCGUGGGCAGUUACCUGGAGGUCUUGCCUAUGCUUGUUCAAAGGUUGCUGUCAAUUCAUUGACAAAGGUAAUGGCCAUUGAAUUGGGAGCCCAUGGAAUAAGAGUAAACUCAAUAUCCCCUGGACUAUUCAAAUCUGAGAUAACGGAGAACCUCAUGCAACGAGAUUGGCUUAACAAUGUUGCUCUGAAGACUGUACCUUUGAGAACAUUUGGCACAUCAGACCCAGCAUUAACAUCUGUGAUACGAUACCUAAUCCAUGACUCAUCUGAAUAUGUAUCAGGUAACUGUUACAUCGUUGAUGCUGGAGCUACAUUGCCCGGGGUCCCGAUUUUCUCCUCUCUUUGAUCCUUUUUCUUCUCCAUUAUUAUUGAGGUCACGAUUCACGCGUGUAAUUGUUAAAUUUAAACAUGUGUUGUGCAUAAAACAUCAUUAAUGAAUGGGACGCGACCGCCAGUCUCGAAACCGAUCAUGAAUAGCAAUAUGUUUUUCAUUUUUAAUCAGGUUUUUAUAUAUACAAUAUCCAACUAACCUUCUUUUGUGUUCUUAAUGA